AUGCCGCAUGUAGCGUUCGCAUCUGCUCCGGAGUCCGAGAAGAGCGGUGCUUCGGGGAGUGACAGAGCCCGAGGCAACAGGUCGGAUCGGUCUCGGGUCACACAAGGAGCCGGUAUGGGCAAUUUCUGUGCUUUAAUGGCUUGUCGUCUGCCCCUUAACUGCCCUCGUCACAUUCUCGUCGUAACCACGCCACCGCUUCUGCCCCAAACUGACUCGAGGCCUAUCAAGACUUUUUUUCUUCCUCGCCGAUUCGUCAUGUUCCGUUUACUCUCACUAAACCCACCUAAAAGCCACAACCAGUGCCAACACUAA